GCUUUCAUUUGUGGCCUCGCACAACUGCCGCCAAGCCGAAACGUCUCCAUCGCCGCUAAACAUAUCUGCGCGCUCUUGCGCGCGUCGCUUUGUUCGGUUUCGCUUUCGCUUUCACAAACAGGAAAAUGAACGGACGUUUCCGGUGAUAGCAAUGCACCACGGGAAUGAAGACUGUUGUGGAGAGUGUGAGAUGAGCGGCGGGGUGAGGAGGUGACGCGAGCGUCUGGUCGGGCUGGCUAGGCUAGACGUCCGUUGCUGAGCCGAUUUUUGUGAGCGGUGCGAUCGCAGCUCGGCGGGCUGGACAUCAUGACGACACGCUGCGAGGAUCGAUCUGCCUGAACGCGCAGCGGCGAUCUCCGCGUCCUCAACACGUGCGGUGCACCGCGCACGUGCUGUUUUGAAUGCCUUUCGGUUGCAAGCCCCUCUAUCAUCUGGCAUCGGGGCGGAGGAGGCGCAAUCAUCAACCCCGUGUGACUCAGCCUCGGAGCAACGCCUUCCUUUGUGCCGCCAAGUGUUCGCACUGAGCGGGUGCGCCGGAAAGAAUCUACUGUGCCAUCGUUUAUCGCUGUUAUCGGCGGAAUUUUUUGCGGAAUCUGUGCACGCAACUGAAGCCCUUUGGUGGCUCCGCCCGCAUCGUUACGUUGUUGCCGCGACGCGGAGUGUCUGCGGAGAGGCCUCCUUCUGUUUUCCUUUCCGUUGAUCGCCGCGGUGUGCGUUUUGUUGUCUCUUUACUUUCCCUCCGUCUAGGCGUCGGCGUGACGCCCCGCGUUUUGCUGUUAUAAUUGUGCCAUUGUGUGCGCCCCUGCUCCGGAACAUAUGUCGACUUCGCCCGCGCCGCAACGUGCGUGAUCCGUGCCACAUUUCCGCGAAAGCCGCUCUCGAGGCUGAAGCCACGUCGGGGAAGGUCUGCCGCACUCUUCGUCAGAAUUCACCCGCUCGGUUUCGUGAAUAGAGUUCUUCGUAAUAGGUGGAGUGCGCGCGAAACGAUCGGGAUCGUUGAAAGGAACAAUCAGGUGCACGGGAAGGACUUCCAAGAGAAAUCGAUGAGAGUCUGUUCCCCGGUGAGUGGGCCCGACCCUCGAGUUUGAAAACGCUCUAAAAACGAACACGGCCGACGGCAGCUGCUGCGCAUCCCCAAUCGGCGCGAGCGAGCGGCGAAACGAGGAAACCUGUAUUGGCCAGCGCAGACGGCACUUAGACAUGGCCUUGAAGCCGCUGGCCUUCUAAGGAGAAGCGACGGUGGUAGCGGAAAGAAAAACAAAGGACAGAUUUACGAGCUUGUGGACGAAUAAUAAAAGAAGCGACUACCGCCGCCAUGUCGAUCAACCGCUACAAGGCAGGGUCCGAUGGCGUGCGGCAGAAUCCCCGGCGCAACGAAAUCCCGUGGCAGAUGAACUCCAGCCCGCUUUACAUAAGGAGGCAGGAUCAUCUGAACGACCGAAUGCGCGCUCUGUACGUGAGCGAGCCCACGACACCUCCGCCACCGCCCCCCGUAACAUUCACGAGCCCGACGACGCGGCAGACUCCGCUGGCGGGAAGGAACCACCACUACCUCCAACGACAGGACCCGCGGAACUCGUCCGAUUACGACAACACACCGCCCGAGCCACCCAAGAGGACGAGCUCAGCGUCCAUGACCGCUUCGUACGACUCUGCGUCCACCUCCUCAUCGUCCCUGCAGUACAGGAAUGGAGGAGGGGGCGGUGGUUACGGCGCUGGCAGUUCCUCCAGAUCGAAUGAUGGCCUCUAUGCAUCGCCUGGAGCACCGGCACUUGCUCCCUUGGCAGUGGAGGAAGACUGUGAGGCAAACUUCCUGAUGUCCCUUGAAAAUAUGGCUUGUACCCGUUGUGGAGACGGGUUCGAGCCCCACGAGAAGAUCGUGAACUCCCACGGCGAAGUCUGGCACCAGGCUUGCUUUGUCUGUUGCCAGUGCUUCCGGCCAUUUCCCGAAGGCAUCUUUUAUGAGUUUGAGGGGCGCAAGUACUGUGAGCAUGACUUCCACGUUCUCUUCGCACCCUGCUGUGGAAAGUGUGGUGAAUUCAUCAUUGGCCGUGUCAUCAAGGCCAUGAACAACAACUGGCACCCACAGUGUUUCCGUUGCGAGAUCUGCACUAUCCCACUUGCCGACCAAGGCUUCAUCAAGAAUGCUGGGAGGGCUCUCUGCCAUGAGUGUAAUGCAAAGGAGAAGGCUGCAGCCUGUGGCAAAUACAUCUGCUACAAGUGCCACGGCAUCAUUGAUGACAUGCCACUCAAGUUCCGCAGUGAGCCUUAUCACCCGUACCAUUUCAAUUGCACUGCUUGUGGUGUGGAGCUGACCGCUGAGGCACGCGAGGUCAAAGGCGACCUGUACUGUCCUCCGUGCCACGACAAGAUGGGCAUCCCCAUCUGCGGCGCUUGCCGACGGCCAAUUGAGGAGCGAGUGGUUACUGCUCUUGGCAAGAACUGGCACGUCGAGCACUUUGUUUGUGCCAAGUGUGAAAAGCCAUUCCUUGGCCACCGGCACUACGAGAAGAAAGGCUUAGCCUACUGUGAGACCCACUACCACCAGCUGUUUGGGAACCUAUGCUACAUUUGCAACAAUGUCAUUGGGGGUGAUGUGUUCACUGCGCUGAACAAGGCCUGGUGUGUCCACCACUUCGCCUGCUCGGUGUGUGACCAGAAGAUGAGUCAGAAGACAAAGUUUUUUGAGGUAGACCUGAAGCCUGUCUGCAAGCGAUGCUUUGAAAAGUUCCCAAGUGAUCUGAAGAAACGACUGAAGAAAUCUUAUGAAGUCAAUUCAAAGAAUAACACCUGGCAACCCUGCGCGUAAGGAGAGCAAGGCAGCUUCCCUUUGCUCUGCGCAGGCUUUUAAUCAACUAGUGUGCCAAGCUUACAAGAGUAAUAUAUUUACUAUAUUACGCACAGUUCUCUAGUUGUCACAUAGCCAGGGUCUUAAAUUGUGCAACGAUUCUACAUAUACUUGUUGAUGUUGUUUACAUGUUAACAAUGCUGCUGUUACUGUUGAUGUCAGUGCAUUUGAAAUCGCCCUUUGUGAGAGGAAAAAGCUUAAAUAUCAGUGGUGUUUCCAUUGUGAGCAUCCUAGCAUUAAAAAUGGGUGAGUUCAUUUGCUAAAUCAAGAACCAAGAUGUCAGUAAUAUGAAAAGCUAAAUGGAACUUUUGUGCCUUCUUGAAGUUACGGCUUUCACAGUAACCAGAAGAUAAGUUGAGCAAGAGAUGUGCUUGUGAGUACUUCAAAUUUAAAAAGUGUUUCGCGCUGCCACAGCACUUUCCCCUGAUUUUUUUAUUGAUGCUUACUGGCAUCAUAAUGCCCUGUGGAUCAAGAAUCAUCAGUGUAAUGUUAGUCAUUUGCUGAUAGGAACGUUCGUAAGAGAUUUCUACAACUCCAGUGUUUCUUGUGCAUCCUAAAAUGUUGGAUUAUUAAUGACAUGCAAUCUUCUGGAAAUCGGGCAUGGCAGCAUGAUCACUUUGUUUUAAUGUGUUCUUUUUUUGCAUGUGAGAUAAGUGGUGUAGAAGUAAUCUGAAGAAUAUCACUGUUCUCGGAAAUCCAGUCAGAUACUGAGUUAUUUUAUCGCAUCAUACCAUUUAAUUGUGAAGAAUUUCAUUUUGGAAUCUCAUUUUUCGCACAAAUUUUAUGAACCAUUCUGCAUUCAUGAGUGGUUGUGUUUUGCUGCUGAAACACUUCGAUUGCACAAGCUUCUUGCGACUUGAAAAUUUUUUUUAAUGUUAGCUCGUACAAUUGCUACAGCCUUUUGGCUUGAACUUCAGCUACAUGUUUAUUUGAGAAUAAUUAUUUUUGUUUUCUUUGAGCCCCGUUAUGGGGUUAAUAAGGUAUACAUGACUGUUUUAUUCUUUGUCUCAAUUUAAGUUUCUACAUAUUUUGCAGAAUACUUGAGACAAGGUUAAGCCACUAUCUAGUCUUUUCAUGCAGAGAACAACUUGACCAAUUCAAUCUGACGUACACCAAGGUCCUAUGCUUCUCAAAUUCAUAUAUCAAAGUUACUUGGUGUUUGUCAAGAGGCCAGCGUGACUUUAUCUUAAAGUGGCCGGUGUUUUAAAAGAUGCAUUUUACACGUCCCACUGUGAGGGCAGUUGUAUUUUCUUGCUUGCCACGCACAAAUCUGACUUGUGACUCUGCAGUAAAUCUCGGCAGUUUAUAUAUUUAUCUUCAUGUAGAUCAUUUGUUUUUACUGUGUAAUCACUACCACCUCUUUUGUCAUAACUUCGAGCAUUUUCCAUCAUUAUCCACUCAAGCUUGCCUCUGAGAAAUGUUACUACUGCUGACAAUGAAUCAUCACACUUUUUUCCUGCCUCAUGCUGGCUUUCACAGCUGCAUUCUUUGCAGCAGGUGCUGUAAUGGGAAGAAGCUUCUGCAAUGCACUGCCACCACAAACUGUUUCUUGUGUGCAGACACAACUUUAUGUCAAGAGUUCUACUGACAUUGCUACCAUUUCUUGUAACUGGUGUUCGGCUACUGUUAGCAUGAGAUCUGACCAUGACAUUUUAGCAUCUAUUCUGCACAUUUUUGUUUUUACAUCCUGAUUCAGAUGUAUACUUUGCUAACCUCAUGCUAAAUAGUCACAUGCCUUGCAUUCACUGUUCGAGCUUUUCUUUUACAGCCACACAUUGAAAAGAUGUAUACAUUAUUUACUCGCAUAAUGAACGCACUUUGUUUUAAGAAACAUAGGCUCAAAGUUCAAGGGCUCGUUCGUUGAGCAAACUUUUUUUCACUGCGACCACUAAGUCUAAUCUACGGUGCACCUAAGAUCGUGUCUGAAAACCUGCUACCAACAAAUCAGACAUAGACGGAGGUUACGGGAAUGGGUCAUAUUUAUUUUCUCACUUUGAAAACAACCAUUUAGAAUCAGAAUUUAUGCACAAGGAAUUCACAUUUCCGGCCGCCUUUUCGGCAGCUUCAACUUCAAUAGCAUCAUCCCAUAACAGGUGGUCCUCGAUGGUGUCAAGCAAGUUUACGAUGGCAGGUCUCUUGACAAUGACAACAUAGUCAGAAAUUGUCCUCCGCACCUCUAGGAUCCAUGUGCACAACAGUUCCAAUGGCGACCUCUUAAUGUUGCCUCCUGGCCUUGGAGGAUGAUCACCCCCAGCCGCAUGAAGCGCGUCGUCCAGUCUCUGCUCACCUUGAAGUCCAUGCUUCCUUGCAGAUUGGUGUGCCUCAUUCUGUAUCAUUUCAAUGGAUACAGUACAGUGUAGUGUGUCUUGCUGGUAGCCUUAAGCUUUUCAUGCUGCUGUCUCCAAUAGUUGAUGCCUACUCCAUCAACGCUGAAGUGCCUUUCUGAGGCACGGUUGCCAUUCUCCAAAGAAUAUUCAACAGCUUUGAGCUUGAAGCCAGCAGUGUAGCUUGCCUCAUUGCGACACGCGCUAGCACUCCAAUCACUCCACAGACAUGUCAACACGACCGAUGACUGCAUCGAACUGACAAAGAAAACAUGGAGGAAAAACUGCUUUCUGCGGACAGUACUACGCUCACAGAUGCUCGCCCGCAUCUGUGGGCGAGCAUCAUCAUCAUCAUCAGUUGAAAUUGAAACCAUGCCUCCCAGUGCUGAGUUGCAGUGCAAUCAUUAUGCAGGGGGAAAAAAAGUAAGUGAACAUUAAAAGUGACCAAUUAGAAAGAUGUAUUCAUUAUGCGAGUAAUAUGGUAGUUUUAUUUUUCUGUCAAGUUAUCUUAUAACAUUUAUUGAUUCAGUUUAGCACAUAGUGGAGCAGAAGAUUCUGCAAGAACUGUGCAAACUGCCUUUGAGCUUUUUAUCUGCCUCACAAAUUCCUGUUGACUAUGAUGCAACCCUUCCUGGUGGUCACAACCUGCAGCUUGGCUAACACAGCUGUAGAGCACGACUUUUGAGGUGAGUUAGUUUUUAUUGAUUUACUUAUGGUCAUAACUGGUUGCAUAUGUGUUUGCUUCUUCGACACGCACAAACACGAAAAUAGGGGCUCGCAUUGUUUGUUUAUGAUAGCUCACUAAAUUUACAUGGUAAUAAUUUUAUAUAGCUACAAAGGCAUCAGAAGUGUUGAUAGCUUCCACAAAGUGUACCUAUAAAUAUAAUGCACCUGUUGUUAUCACCUGUGCCUUAUAAGAUAACAGGUCUAUUUAUACUGCUGUUAUCGUUUACGCUGUGCAUUUUGUUGAAGCAUUUAACUUGAUGCUGCACAUUGUUGCACUGAAAUCAAAAAACAAAAUGCUGAUGUGCAACCUUUGUCUAGGAGCCAGGACAGUUGCUGACACUUAUUUUCUGGAAUGGGAUGGCUUUUAGCUAUUCGCUCUUAUUAACACACUUUGAGUGUGUUAAUAAUGGUACAUACAUUUGUCCAUCAGAUAAUUUAUUUAUACUGAACAUAGCCUUAAACAGCUGGCUUUGUAAAGGCCAGUGCUUGUCUCCGCAGCAUUAGUCGCCUCGCGUAUUUUAAAAGGGGCUGUCUUAUGUGAAGCAUAGUAAGCACAAAUUCUACUUGGACUAUCAAGUUUGAAUUACCAACAAUGAGGUUUAUUAUACCACCAUGUAUGAACAAAAAUUUAGCACUGUUGUCAUUGAUUUUGUCACGCAUUCUUAUUCUAAUGGGAAAGCUUGUAAUGCCAUGAUUAUUCAUUGUGCCUGUCAAGAUUUAUCACCUGACUGCUUCAUUACCGCGCAUCAUGUUGCAAUAGGUGCCUUUGUUAUAUGUGUCCAUGUGUACUAACUUGUCGUAGACAGUGCUGUUUAGCAUACUGUUAGAGCAUGUUUUAUGUCUGUUGUCAAUGCUUGUAUAGAUUUGUAGCAACUACGUGCCACUUUGUUUUGCGAGGACAAUAAAGCUACCCUGUUUUAAACC